AUGCAAUUAAAAAGGCUCAAGAAGAUACUCCUUCAAAGCCUCCUCCGCCGCCCGCAAAUCCCAAACCUGCCGCACCAGCAGCAACGCCGUCAAAUGCAGUGGGAAUAUGCCACAUCUACGCCUUUGCAAACAUACGCCUAUCCACAAUUGACGGCAGAGCCGCCAUCCUUCUACUACCGCCCCGUCGUAAAUCCUCCCAUGCAACCUGCGUACGACUACACGCCUCGAUAUCCAGUCAAUGUAGCCGCGAAUGAUGUCCAGUCUAGCGACGCUUCCAUGUCCGACGCUACGUCUGACUCUGAAGACUUUGACGUCGCUGCUGCUAAGCUGGCAGGAUUCUCGAUUCCGGCAAUCAUCGAUGUGGAUUCGAAGAAGAUUGAGAUGCGACUUCCGAAUCUUCGAUCUGGCGACACCACCUUUGUCUGGGACCGAAAGCAUGGGCAUUCAUCCAAGACAAAGAUCUACUCAGAUACAGACUCAAGGGUCGAGGAGUGGCUGAGGAAUGAGUUCAGUGUUUAA